GCCACGCGCACGCCGCGGCAGCGCCAGCGCACGGCUCGUCCUCGUCUCCGUGCGUCGCCGACGUGGGGGGUAACGGGGGUUUGGAAGCUUCCUCGCUAGGGCGGGAUGGCGGCGGCGGCGAAGAAGCGGAGGCCGGAGGAGGAGGAGGCGGCGGGGGCGGAGGAGGAGAUGCACCUGGCGUUCAGGGGCGCCGCCAACGCGCUGUCGCAGGUGUACGGGCAGGCCGUGGCCGCGCAGGAGAAGUCGUUCCGCGCCGGCGAGCGCCGCGCCAUGGAGAAUGUCUAUCGAUGGAUUUGCAGCAAGCAUCAAGAAGGUUUGGAGGUGUCUGUUGCCGAUCUAGUUGCUUUCCUGCAGACUGAGAUUGAGCACAGAGCAGGGGAGGUGCCGGGGUCAUUGCAGCAUACAAGUGCACAGCCAGCAUGUCAAUUUCCUUCUGCAAAUAUUCAAAGCAAUUCGUUCUCUUUUGGGAAUGUAACGGAUGCACUUAACUCCCAUACAGCGCAAACUGGCCAAACACAAACUGCCGGCGUGUUAAAUGCUCCGCCCAACCCAUUGCGGCAAAAUUUACACUCAAAUCAUCAUCCGAUUCAUUGUUCAGCGUAUGGCACUAUCAACUCCCUACCAGAUGGAAUUGGAGCUCAAAGCAACCAUCCUCCCCAACAUCAGAAUUUCAUGCACUGCAACUCGUAUGAACCCUCCAUGGAUGAGUCAUGAUGCUUGUUGAGGAUGUGAGCCAUAUGAAAACCCGCAGCUUGUUUGCUUAGUUCCCCCGGAGCCUUCAAGAUCUGAUAUCACCUUAAUUGCUGGAGAAGUCCCAUCGAUUGCCGAUAGAUAUGCUCCUCUCCAUCUGGGUAUCGCAAUGCAAAGCUUGUAAGAUGUCGAUAUCAUCUUCACUUUUUUCUGACAUCUUGUACAUUACAACCAAGAAAGUCCCCUUCAGGUCCCGCGUGUUGAUUGAAAGAUUGAAGCUGCAACCUUUGCUUCAGCGUAAUUGUGCUUGCAAUAUUAGUUCUUUUCUGUUGCUUGCAAAAACCAUGCUCUGGUUAACAAGGAUCAGGAGGACGAGGAUGGUGCAUUAGUUGUUGAUGAAUUUACUGCUGUGUUCCAUGUAUAUCUGUUAAAGCUGUAUUGGUUCAGAGAGCCUGAGAGCAUUGUUUCACCCUUUUUUUUUUUUGCACUCUCUUUUGGUGUGUGAAUGAUUUCUAGUUAAAAGGUGUUGUAACCUUACAGAUAUUCAGACCAUACAUUGGUUAGAAGAAAGUCUUGUAUAAUAGAUAAUGUAAACAGAGAAGUCUGUGUCCUUUGAUAAUUGAUACUUUUCUGCUAGAGUAAGUUUUCCAUCAAA